AUGGUGCGGGAAGUGGAGCUGACCAUCAUCAACGGCCAGGAGCUGCCGCCGGAUGCUGAGCAUGUGCUCCAGAACUUCUACGAGGCCCAGCGGGCCAAGUGCGAGCGGGAGCGCCCGCGAGCGCGGAUCGGUACAGCGCGCUGGAAGAAGCAGGAGCUCUACCUGAAGGAGGAGAGCCUGGAGCGUGCCAAAACCGCCAGCCGGCAGCACCUGAUCCGGCAGAGGCUGCUGUUUUUGCGGCCCGAGCAGUUGUCUGAGAUUAUCGCCUUGCAGACGCAUUUGCUGUGGCUGGACCUGGAAGAUGCGUCCCUGGCUGCCGAAGACCGGCGCAGCGAGGACCGCUUUACAGGUCCGGACGAGGCGGUUUGCGAGCAGCUGAUCCUCGACGCGCCUCGAGAGCUCUUUGUCGUUGACGGGCAGGAGUUCGACUUUGCGUCGGAGGCGCAAGGCCUCGGGGUGGAGCUGGACGGCAACCGCCUGGAGCUCAUGAAGCAGCAGUUCUGCGACCGGGUGGUGGCAGCGUUGCGCCACACCCUCGAAAACGCGCCGCUGGCUUUGCUCAGGGCGGUGACCUGCACCUUGUCGCAGAGCGGGCUGGCCCACCUGGAGCAGGCCUGCUCACUGCUGGUGGCCGUCAGUGGUGGCGAGCAGCAAGUCAGGUUCGAACUUCGCGGUCCAGGCGGUGCUGAUCUUGACACCUGGGAGGUGGAGCUCUUCGUGCGGAAGGUUGGCUUCCAGCAGUGCAUCAUCUACACCCCAACGCCAAAGGAUGAGGACUGCAGCCCGCGGCCUUGCCUCAGCGCCUCCUUCUUCGAGAAGUCUUGCCGCAUUCGAUAUUCCGUAUUGACGCCAGAGAAGCUCCAAGUGGAUGUGCUGAGCAUUCACCGUGAUCAGCAGCUGCUGGACGCCAAGGGCCGGUCGCUGCUGGGGCCGUCCGGGUCCUGCUUCGACUGCCUGCCCCGCAUCUCCGCGCGCCUUUGCGCCGCCUGCUCCGCCCUGCGGCGUAUUGCCCAGCGCGUGCGCCUCCGCGCAGUGCGGGCCUCGCGCGCCGUGCCGCGCAGGGCGCUCGCGCUCGCCCGUCACCGCCUCUCCCCGGCCAAAGGCUGUGAGCGUGAGGCGAGGUGCGCAUCCGACUCCGAGAGCGAGAGCGAGGAGGAGGAGGAGCCGAGCGCAGCGGCCGAAUCCGCCAGCGAAGCUGAGGAGGAAGAGGAGGAAUCAGAGGAAGACGAUGAGGAGGAGGAGGAGCGCCGAGCCGCUGAAGCGGCAGCGGCGAAACGGGAGGAAAGAAGACGGAAGGAGGAGGAGGAGGAAGCGCGCCGAAAGGCGGCGGAGCUCGCAAAGAGGAAGGAGGCCAGACCCAAGACGGAGGCCAAGAAGAAAGAGGAGCCCAAGAAGGAGAAGAAGUCCAAGUCGAAGGACAAAGAGGCCAAGCGGGAGAAGUCGUCCAAGGCUGAGCGCCGGAAGGAGAAAGAGGAGGAGGAGGCGAGGCGCCGACAGGAGAGGAGGCAGGAGAAGAAGAAGGAGGCGGAGCGGUUGGCCCGAGAAGCAGAGGAGAGGAGACGAGAGAAGGAGGAGGAGGAGGAGAAAGAGAAGGAGAAGGAGAAGGAGAAGGAGAAGGAGAAAGAGAAGGAGAAGGAGAAGGAGAAGGAGAAAGAGAAGGAGAAGGAGAAGGAGAAGCGAAAGGAUAAGGACCGUAGGGACAGGUCCCGCGACAAGGAUCGUGAGCGCGAGCGCAAAGGCCGAGAUCGAAGGGACGGCCGUGACCGGGAUCGGUCGAAGGCCAAAAGCCAAGAGAAGAAGCGUGAGAGAAGUAGGCCCAAAGAGAAUGGCCGCGACAAGCGGGAGCGGGAGAGCCAUGCGACUGCGCGGUCCGUGACCCCUCCUCCGCCCAGGCACCAGCCACCGCCGCUGCCGGAAGACAGCGCCUUCCCGCCCCCGCUGCCCACCUCCAGCAUGGAGGCGGCCAAGGGCCCCGGCAGGCCAGAUGGGUCGGCCCUGACCUUUGCCAAGCCAACCCCAGGUGCAGGCAAGCCGAAGGUGCCUUUCGAGCUAAGCUCAGACUCCGACAGCGAGGAUAGCUCGGAGGAGGUCUUGCCCAGGGCAAAGAGAAAGCAAAAGAACGAGGAGCCGCCAGGCCAGCGGGUGAGCCGAAUCUCCCGGCAUGACAAGGUAAAGGCUGCGUGCAUGGAGGACGACCUAUAGCCGGAGCCAUCCUUCGGGAUUUGCUUCUCUGACGAGUGAAAAGGGCCAGAACCCGGGUAGGAUCCAGGAUCCAGUUGGCGGCUCAGGCGUAAAGUGCGCGACGGCAUAGCCAGCAACUUAGCAAACCCAAUGGAUCCCAG